AUGCUCCAACGCAGGGAUGAGCAAUCUGCUCACGCUGUCCUCUACCUCCGCUACAAAGAUAUGGACUUUGUUGAGUUUCCACUUGACAUGCAAAUCAUUCAUAAUCUUUACAAGAAGUACUUCAGAAACGGAGAAUUCGACAUCACGUCUGUUCUCGCUUUUUUGAACAAUGACUACACAUUUGAAAGAUUCUGCAUUUCAGUAGCAACCUUCCAGUAA